GUCUCCUCCUCCCCCGCUAUCCCAAAACGAGCGCCGCCGGAGUCCAAAUUUCCCCCCUUCUCAAGCCGAUCUCCUCGCGCCCUCUCCCUCCCACCCUAGAUCAGCGCCUCGGCCUGCAACCGCGGAACCCUCACUGCACGAACCAGCCACAACGCCCCUGGCCUUCUUCCCCCGACUUGAUGAACCCUAGCCAAUGCCCUGCCGUCUCCCGUUGGCGCCGCCCGCCGCCACCGUCUGCCGUCGCCCGUCGGCGCCGCCCGCCGUCACCUCCUGCCGUCGCCCGUCGGCGCCGCUCGCCGCCAUCCCCUGCCGUCGCCCGUCAACUCCGUCCGGCAGCGCCCCCUGGCUCCCCCUUUCCAGUCUUCACUCCGGCUGCUGCCCUGUCCGGUGGGGGCGCGAGGCGUCGACCCCAGCUAGGGCGCGAGGCUGCAGGUUGCCCGGCGUCCUGCGAGAAUGACAUAUUGUCUUGAACAUCCUACAAUGAAGGUGCUCCUAAUGCCUGUAGAACCUAAUAAAUAAUGCUAUGUCUGCUCUAAGACCCCUCUUCUGCUAGAUGUUAACACCAAGGCCAUGAAGCUUAGGGAGGUUCUCGACAAGAUUAUAAAAAAGCAAACUUGGAAUGAACCUACUGUUGGUAAUGAUUGGCUCGAUGCCUUGAGAAGGGAAGAGUUUGACGAGGACUCGAGGAGAAAGAGCAUGACGGAACGGUUUUAUCUGGAUGGUCUGCUCUGGUGGAGAAGCAGAUUAACAGUAAUGGGCGUAGAGAUGUUGUCUAUCUGUGCAAAAUGCUACCAUGGCUGUAAAAAAACAGAGCGAUAUUGCUGCAAAAGCAUUAUAAUAUUCUUGUACCAAAAAGAAAACCGGCAGAGGAGAAACCACUGCAGAAAAGGGAGAGCAAGUCCAAUAUCAUCUCCAGGACUAAGCAAAGAACUACUCCCAUCUCUGAAACCAGAUGAUCUCCACAACUGUGUUAAUUCUAGAACUAUGUAAAAUUCAUUCUGUAACAUCCAGCAACUAUGUAAAAUUCAUUCUGUAUUGUGUAAGAUCUAGCAACUAUGUAAAGUUCCAUUCUGUAACAUCCAUUCUGUGUAAUAAUUCAAGACCCCAUUCUGUAUCA